AUGUUUUCAAGUUUUGGUUCUUCUAUGUUUGGUGGUGGCGUUCCUGGCUUUGGAAUGCCCAUGAACAACAAAUUUGAAGAAUAUUUUCGAUGUUAUCCCGUAUCGAUGAUGCCAGAUAUGAUUCGUAAAGACGAUGCCAAUUACGGAGGCAAAAUAUUCCUUCCACCUUCUGCAUUACAAAAAUUGACUAUGCUACAUAUCAGGUAUCCAAUACUUUUCGAAUUGAAGAAUGAACAGCAAGAUAUCACAACUCAUAGUGGUGUGCUUGAAUUUAUUGCUGAGGAAGGAAGAUGCUAUAUUCCACAAUGGAUGAUGAAUACCCUACAGUUACAACCGGGUAGUUUGGUCAAGAUCAAUAAUUGUGAUUUGGAGUUGGGUAAAUUUGUCAAAAUCGAACCGCAGAGCGUUGACUUUCUCGAUAUAAGUGACCCAAAAGCAGUUUUGGAGAAUGUAUUGCGAAAAUUCUCGACCUUGACUGUGAAUGACGUGAUUGAAAUCAACUAUAAUGACAGUGUGUAUGGUAUCAAGGUGUUGGAAGUGAAGCCUGAAAGCAGUGGACAUGGUAUAUGUGUAGUAGAAACUGAUUUGGAGACUGAUUUUGCUCCACCAGUGGGGUAUGUUGAGCCCGAAUACAAACCAAAGAGUGUCACGCCAAUGGACCAAAAGCCUAUCAAUCCAAGCAGUGUCAAUCGAGGAGCAGGGGCUGCUACAAUGGCAAAAUCGAUAAACUAUGCUCAAAUAGUUAGUGAUGCAUCGAAUGGAAGCUCCAAGUAUGGAGGUUUAGGACAAAAGCUCUCGGGGAAAAAAAUCGAAACACCGGCAUCAUCGUCAAAGGCAUAUAAAGUAGAAGAUCUAGACCCCGAUGCUCCACCCGUGCCUUUAACACUCCCUGAUAACCAAUUGUUCUUUGGUUUUCCGGUAGUGCUUCCCACGCAAGAAGAGUUGGACGAAGAUGUGAAUGAGAAGCAAAAGCAAGCAAAAGCAUUUGGUGGUACUGGUCAAUCUUUAAGACAAAGUAAAAAGAGAAAGGACAAGAACACAACUUAUCCCGCGCUAAAGAACCACGAAAGAAGCCCUGAUGUGAUAGAGAUUGAUUAG